AUGAAUUCUUCAACGGCGAACGCCCGCCAAAGGCGCAUUAUACAAUUAUCGCAGCAAUGGGGCUUCUCUCUUCCGCCCAACGCUCCAACUCCUCUUAGUCGACCAGCUCAUCCAACGUCUUUUCGAACACAUGACGACGAUAAUGUCGCCGAAGACCUCUUGAAGAGACGAUCUGCUGAGGUGGCUCAAUUGCGACCUAAGAGUGGUCUCUCCAGAGCUUUCUCAUCCAGCAAUCUCAAAAAGGGCAAGCACUGGGAUACCAAGUACAUAUGGGAGGUCUUGAACUCGUGGGUCGAUAGUUCAGGCUCACCAGGUGUCGCUGAGGCCUUGAUUGCAAAAUUGGCGGCUGCAGGCGUUGAUCUUAGUGGUACACAGUCACAGAAGCAGGGCUUACUGAACAGACGAAAAAGCACUGAUAAUGGACUCGAUCGCACUCGUUUACUGAAAGCCGCCAUCGAAAGAGACCAACAUGACAUGGUCCACGUUCUCAUACCGCAUGCCGACCCCAUCACCCUCGAUAUUUGUCUACCAGCAGCUAUCAGGACACGGAAUCCGCGAAUUGUCGAAACCUUGCUAAGAUGGGGAGCAAACGCCUCAGCGACUGCCGAAGGCCAGGAUGAAUUCCGCAAAGCUUGCGCUGCUCCAGUUCUAUCAGAAAUCGCCUCACUUAUUCUAAGAUCUGAAGGACGACCGUCAGAAAUCUGUGUUUCACAAGCGCUUACAGACGCCACGAGAGCGCAAUGUUUCGACACUGUCCUGCAUCUAAGUCGUUCCACAGCCGACUGCAACUACAACAAUGCCGAGGCUCUCAAAAUCGCCGUUAACAAUGAGCGAAGAGAUAUCGCCAUGGCAAUUGCGACAGGAAACAAGGCACCUCAGAACCCCGGUCUGGCCGAGGCUUUCCAACAGCUCAUCGAGAGCACAACCAUGAGUCCCAAGUCGAAACUCGAUUUUGCCGAGUUGUUGCUCUGCUGUGGCGCUCAAGGACCCAUAUUAGAGCGAUCACUUGAGAUGGCGUGCGAGUCACAAUUCUUCGAGAUGGCUGACCUUUUGGCUCGUUAUGGAGCCUCAAUAGAACAUAAUGACGCUUCUGCUUUGAAAGCUGCCAUAUCGAAAGGCCAGGUCAAUCUUGUGAUUUCUCUUUUAAGCGGAUCUUCCAAAAUUGAUCCCUCCCUGGCAUCAAGUUGUGUCCCAUUGAUCCCUCAGCAAGCGGACCCUGCGACGCGACAGGCAUUGCUUUAUUCAUUACUGAAGAGAGGCGCGAAUGGUCCUGUUUUGAACGAUUGUUUGAUCCACGCUGCCAAAUCUGGUGAUAUCCAAUCAGUUGAGCUUCUCCUCAACCCUCACUUCCGCGAACCACCCAGCCAGGAGCCAAAUGGCCACGGAAAGCCGCGCAUUAGUAACCGCCAUGCUGUCGCAUCGCCUGAUCACCAGAGAGGAGAAGCCUUGCGCUACGCGGUCUCGGCAGGGAAUACAGACAUGGCUGCCACGAUUCUUGCCGCAAGGCCCUCGAACGAGACCCUUACCGAGAUCUUUCCUCUGGUCAAGAGUCUUCCCAACACCGAACGGUAUCGUAUGGUUGAUAUGUUCUUGAGGGGAGCAAUGACCGGCCCAGCUUUACAUAUUGCUUUGCAAGACGCGAUUGCCGAGGAUCCCUCGCAGCGAGAUGAUGCCCUCAUCAGUCUUUUACUCAAAUAUGGCGCAGACAUCAAUUACGACGAAGGCGUUGGACUCCACACUAUUAUUAACCAGAUGGACGUCCAACUGUUCCAUACGCUCAUGCAAAGCGCAUCGCCUCAAACAGCCGCCGCAAGACUCGCCGACGUCAUGAAGAUUGAUAACCACCAGAUGCGGUAUGAGAUGUUGAAGGUGCUAUUCCAAGCGAGGGCGAGUGUUGGCGUAAAGCAGGUGGCAGAGGCAUUAUUGGCAACUCUCGAGGAGAGACCUGUUGAUAUGUCACUACUCGAGCUUAUUUUAAGACAGGGCAAAGCAGACAUCAACGGCCUCAAGGGAGAGAUUCUGAGGAAGGCAACACAGAAUUCAGACUUUAAGGUGCUUGAUCUGGUCCUUGGCUUGGGCAAACAUGACACGGACACGAUACCGAUUUGUCUUGAGAGCUUAGGCACACUUCCUCCAACCGAUAACAAGGGAUGGAAGCUUGAUGUGAUCGUGGGCAAGGCACCCAGGAAACUCAACCUGGACAGUCUCUUGGUACAAGAAGUUCAAGUCCUUGCCCAGGAUGAAACAGGUCGUGCCUCUUUUUCAACGCUGCACAAGCUUCUAGAACUUGGCGCAGACCCAAACACCCACAAAGCCAGAGCAUUAUGCUCUGCUGUUGCUGCGGCCCGGGAGCUCGUAGUCGAUGCCUUGUUUGGUUGCCAAAAGCCACCAACGCCGGCAUCCCUGGCAUCUGCACUCCCCCAAGCCCUGAAGAUCACAGACCCAAUGAAUCGAUUAGCAUUUACGAAAAGAAUAGUCGAAGCUGGAGCGCCUCCUCGAGAAGUAAACAGAGCUUUGAUCCACGCCAUCGACCACUUCAUCACAGAUAUUACCUUGAUUAAUAUUUUGGCCGGCUUCGCAGAUGCCUCUGAUGGGGAGGCUCUUGCACUGGCUGUUUCCAAGGAAGCACCUGAAAUCCUUGAUCUGCUGCUUUCUCGCAUCAAGCAUUCUUCCGAGAGCAGAGACUCUUGUUUGGAGAAAGCAAUGAAGAUCACUGAUUGGACGAACAGGCUCAAUAUCUGCAAACGAUUGGCAAAGGCGGGAGUCACGACUCAAGCCGCCUCAAACGCCCUACUCAUCGCAGCGCGAGACGGAGACCUCGAACUUGGAGAUGUACUGAUUGCUUAUGGAGCCAGUAUCUCUACCCAUGGAGGCCAGGCUAUAAUAGAAGCAUGCCGUGGAGGUUCUGUUGAGGUCCUCGAUGUACUGCUCAAGUCCAAUGCCGAUACCCAAAAGGCAACUUUGGAGCGUGGCUUCCAGGCUGCUACUGAAGUUGGAGACUUGAACAAGCGCGCGAUGAUCUUUCAGCGUCUGCUGAAGAGGGGAGUAUCUGGUGAGGUUGUGGACAUUCAGCUUGUAUCGGCUGCGAAGUCUGGCGAAGAUGGACAUGAAGUGCUACGUGUGCUGCUGGCAGCGGGCGCUGACCCCAACUUUAGCAAUGGCGAGGCAGUUGUUGCGGCUACGAGACUUGCGUUUGUCAGUAGCCUUGAGUUGCUUUUGGGUUUGUGGCACCAAGAUGGCAAUCAGAAAAAGGCGUCUCCUCCCACUUUAAUCAGAGCCCUGAAAGCCUGCUGGAAACUGGAACAGGAUACCAGGCUUCGCAUCAUUGAAGGGCUGUUCAAAGCAGGCAUGCCGGCUGUGGACGAAGUUCACAUCGCAUUGAGCAAGGCUGUUGGCGAGGACGAGCCAGACGAACGCCUUAUCAAACUCUUGCUUGAGUCUGGGGCAUCACCUUUUACGAAUGGCUGCUAUGCUCUUAUUCAAGCUGUCCAAGGCGCAAAGGUGUCAGCAGUCGAACUGAUCUUGACUUGCGAUUUCAGCGAGGAUAACAUACUCGCGGCUUUCUCAAGUGGAUUCUCGGAUGCUUUAUUCAGCACAUGGUUCUCUGCGAACGGACUUGCGACUGCGAAAAUGCUUCUCGCUAAAGGUGCUAAGGGUGAGAGUGUGACUCGAGCUCUUGUGCAGGUCAUGAAGGACAGCACGGAAGAAACAGAGGGUUUGGCUGAUGCAUUUGUCGAACUUUUUGUUUCUUAUGGUGUCAGUGUUGACUUUCAGGAUGGAGAACCUCUUGUUUGCGCAGCUUCAAAGGGUAAUGCUUUUUGGACUGAAAGAUUGCUUUCUUGCAAACCGUCACCGCAAACGCUCACACUUGCUUUCGAGCGUGUUUUCGAUACUGCGAGAUCACCUGAGGAGGUGUUGAAGCUGUUUGAGCUGUUUUCAGGAUAUAGGGAUGGGGAAGCUGGACUGGAUGUCAUGACCCGAAGCGCAGGAUCUGAGCCCAUUUUGAUCAAGGCGAUCUCGCAGUACCCACGCUCAGCAGAGCUGUUGCAGGUAUUGCUUGAUGCUGGUUUCUAUCACGACCAAACUACGACAUACCACAUUCACGAAAGCGUGGAGGAGCCUGAAGAAAUGACGGUGCUACUUUGGGCGAUUGCUCAGCCUCAGAAGAAAGUCAGCUCAGCACUGAUUAAGAUGUUGGUCGAACGUGGAGCAAAUGUUAACUUCGAAACGGCUAUCACCCGCUCUACACCACUUAUGCUUGCCAUCCAAACUCGUCGACCGGAUAUUGUUAAGGAACUACUCAUCGAAGGAGCUAACGUCGAUAUUACCGAUGCUAUGGGACGAACACCUCUUGCGAUGGCAACCGACAUUGGAGGCGAGCUCUCAACUCGUAUGAUGGGCAACUUGCUCGCGAUUGAUCAGUCAAAGGACGACGGAUCACUUCACAACGCUGCGAGAGAGCUCAACCUGGCAGCCGUAACAGUUCUCGUGGAUCACGGUCAUCAUCCCGACUUCCCUAGUCCACUACACGAUGGAAGAUCUGCUCUAGGCGAGGUCUGUCGCCACGGCGCAGGCUCUUACUCAGGCAAGCUCACUGCGGACGGAGAGAAGCUUAUGCAGAGAGUCAUGACCUUUCUGAUUGAUGCUGGGUCUGACAUCAGCUUGCAUUCGCAUGGGAAAUCUUUACUGUUACUCUGUUUCGAAUCGCCCGAUCCCAUUGCGACGACUCGAACCUUUUUGAAGGUAGCUAUGUGGAAAGAGAUCAACAAACCAUACAACCACUACUCCGACGGCGAAUUUACCUACUCUCCCACAAUGUACAUCCAGAAGGUGCUGCCUGAAUCGGAUACUCGGGAUCAGCUUCUCACCCUCCUUCGGGCGAACCGGGCAGUGGAUGUGUAUUACGCCAACUCUGGGGACCAACCUGAAGAUGCCAUUGGUCUGCCAAGCGAUAUGUUAGUUCAGGAGCGCGAACGAAAGGCCAGACUGCGACGCAUAGCCCUCGAGUCAGAAGAUCACGCUAUUGCUCUUGCUCGAGCCAAGGAAGUGGCAAGCGUGGAGAGAGAUAUCUGGAACAACAAGGCCGAGAUUGAGGAUGCUCGUCGUCGCAGACUCCACAACGAAGACAUCAAUGCGGCACGACAGAAGGCCGAUCUCGAAGAGUCGCUCUUCAACGCUGCACUGAAGAGACGUCUUUCAGAACAACACAAGCUUACACAGUCAAGUCUAGAGCGAACGAAGUUAAUCGCUGCAGCCGAACUCUCGGCCGAAGAAGAUCGCCAACAGAAGAUGCUGGAAUGGGAAUCCAAGGUCAACUCCGAAAGAGCAGGCAAUGCCCAAGCACUCAGCAGCUUACGUAUCAGCGAAAGAGAAGAAUUGGAUCGUAUUGAGAGAAGUGCAGAGGACAGGAUAAAGUCGAGGUUGGAAGCACAGAAGAGACUGGUGGAGACACAGGAACGACUGGCAAAGAGGAUAGGAAAUGUGCCUGGAGGACCGGACGCCAGGAGGCAGAUUGGCUAUGUGGAGGAGGUUAACUAA